GAUGAUGAUUUUGAAGAUUAUGAUGAUGAUUUUGAAGAAGACGAUGAUGAUGAUGAAGAGAGACAAAAGAAACCUACUAUAAAAUCAGAGGACAGAGAAAUGUCAGACCUUUUAAAAGCACUAGACGAAGAAAAUGCCAGAUUAGCUGCAGGUUCUGUUGACAGCAACAAAUCUGAUUAUUCUGACCAAUAUCAUGACAACCAAGAAUCUAAACAAUCUCAAAAGCCAGUCAGUCGUGGUAGAACUUUCAUUAAUUUUGUUAAUGCAAAACAAAGAGCGGUUGAUCAGAAGGUAUCAGAUAAAACAAGGAAGCGUGGCAAAGAUUUACUCAAACUAAUAGAAUUUGACCAUGCUAGUUUUGAUAUAUUUGAUUUGCCACCAGUGAAAGAAUAUGAACUUUACAUUCGUAGUUUUGGUCGCACAGAUACGAGACAGGCCUACAUUCAGACAAAUGAAGAUAAUCUAGACCGUGAUAUCCAAACAGAAGAAAUUGAAUUACUAGAUAAAUGGACACAAUAUCCAGCAGAAGAUUUACUUGGCUGUGGAGGAGAUAAUGUGGAAUCAGUAAAGCAAGAGAUGAAGACGCCUGCUUCAGAAUUAGAAUCCACCAGAAUGGUAUCAUUUUUGUCGAAAGCUGCCCAAGCUAUUGGUAUUUUACUGAAUGAGGAGUCAACAACAUCGAAUGAAGAUGGAGAAAAGGGAAUCAAAUCCAAUUUGUCUGCAAGUGAUGGAUACCAUCAACUUGGAAUGCCAUUGAUUUUGAAGGAUCGCUAUGUAACUUAUGCCAACUAUAGCCCAAGUCAACCCAAUUAUUUGUUAACUUGCUAUAGCAUGCCCUCACUAAACUCUGAAAACACAAGUAUGCAAAAAGGUAUAAUAUGUGUUUGGAACAUUAUGGAACCGUCCAGCCCCCAGAAGUACUUAGCCUGUGAAUCCCAACCAAAUUGUUGCUGCUUCAGUCCUAACAGAACAUCAUUGGUUUGUGCUGGCAUGACAGAUGGAUCAUUGGUUAUUUGGGAUCUCAGAGAACAAGGUUAUAUGCAUCGUAUGAUUAAAUUAGAUCAGGAGGAAUAUCUCUUCAGAUUUCCGACUUAUAAUACAGCUGGGGUAUCAGAGAGUGAGAAUCAUCACAGUCCUGUCCAGUCAUUGGUUCCAGUUUUUCCUGACCCAACCAGCUCACAAUAUAAAGAAGAGACAGACAAUUCUGGUUUGUCAUUUCAACUGGCAUCAGUCGAAAAGAAUGGUUGUGUCAAUCUGUGGGUGGUUACAGAAAUUCCAUCUCCAGAUUCAGCAGGGUCAGAAGUAGAUUUAGGCUUGUCUCCUGGAGGAAAGAUAAAACUUGUGAAAAGCUCAACUAUCAAAUUAAACAGUCCCUUGAAAUUGGACAAGGGAGACAGUUUACAAGCGUUUGAAUUUAAACUUUCAACGUGUGACUUAAACCAUUUCUAUGUCGGAACGGACACUGGUUAUGUAAUUCAUGGUGUCAGAUUUGGCUCCAGUGCCUUCCCCCGUGGACAUACAUCUGUGAUAGAUACACCCCUGAAGGUUAAUAGUAUUGACUUUUCACCAUUUGGUUACUCUUAUUUAUUGGCUGGAUGUUCUGAUGGAUCCAUCCACCUAUAUCAUACCAAAUUGGAAAAUCCUCUAGUGUCUUGGAAUGAUCUAUCAGAUGGACAGCCUUGUUGUAUUCAAAGUGUCAGAUGGUCACGUAGUCGUGCUGCUGUUUUCUUUGUGCUUGAUGACCAUUCUAAUUUAUAUACAUUCGAUUUACUGGAGGGUGAUUCUCGACCAGUCCAUGUGGACAAAAUUACCACUGGAAAAGCUGUGUAUAUGACUCUAAACAAUGACAGUAGAAUUUUAGGUUCUGGACUUACUAAAUGUCCUCAGUUGUUGCUAGCUUUGGAUAAUGGUUCAACAGAACUUCAUAACAUAAAGCAGAACCUGAUAGAAGACAAAACAUUAGAAGGAGAAUUUUUGAAAAAAUUUAAUGAACGUUUUUAACUUAAUUCCAGAAAUUAGAAUCCUUUAUAAUGUGCUAUGUAUAAGCUUAUUUAUUUAUUUAUUGAAGUCUUAUUUUCCUAAGAGAUUUAAAUGUUAAAAUCCGUCCUGUGAUAAAGUAUUGUAUAGUUCUUGU